CGAAGAGGUCUGCGUCCCGUGAGCCACCGGGGCCUGGCUGGGCAGCGUUCUUUGCGUCGCGGCGGCCAAUAGGAGUGGAGGACGCUGUGGUACAUUGGCAAGGGUUACCAGAAUGCAGACUCCAGUAGCUCUCCUGGCCUCGCCAGCUCUGUUCCGCUGCUGUUCCCGAGCUCUGACCAGGCCAGCUUCUCUGUCUAUAUUGAGCAGGCCAGAGACUCAAACUGUGCAGGUCUUGGGCAUUUCCAGUCGUCAGCUGGCUCAUCGGGAAUUCCAAACCAGUGCUGUCUCCCAUGACAUUGACACAGCAGCUAAAUUCAUUGGUGCUGGUGCUGCUACGGUGGGGGUAGCUGGCUCAGGAGCUGGGAUUGGGACAGUGUUUGGUAGUUUAAUCAUCGGUUAUGCCAGGAACCCAUCUCUCAAGCAGCAGCUGUUUUCUUACGCUAUCCUGGGUUUUGCCCUCUCGGAGGCCAUGGGGCUCUUCUGUUUGAUGGUGGCAUUCCUCAUUUUGUUCGCCAUGUAAAAGCCUUGGAGCUACGCUGCAGCUGCUGUCUGUCUGUGUCCUCUCUGGUUUGAGCCUGUCUCCUUUGCCCAGGGUGUUAACAAAUUUAAACAAACUUUCUCUAAAUAAAUAAGAUUCAAGUUUU